CAUCUCUUGACUCUUCGUCUUGCCCGGCGUCCAAACGUGAAGCUGAAAUGCUACCACGCGGCUAAAAGUGUUUGAAAGGGAAAGAGGGAAGAUCUUUGUGGGAAAUGUGAUUCUGAGACAGAAUACUAGAACCAGUAGUAGAAUCCUUGUGUUCUUUCUUCUCUUGUCUGCCUCUAUGGACUGUCUAUGGCGACAGUGCGUGUGCUGGCUUGUGCCUCUCGUCCGUGACAAGUCAUGGGAGUCGAUCGGUACCUACAGCUAGGCUCCCGGCACAGUAUUCAUGCCGACGGACGCAGCAGCUAGCCUCGUCUCUCCCGCGCCCGCUGCUUCGUCUCAUGGCCGAGUGAGACGACGAUAAGAGGAAGCUGCCGGCGGAGAGAGCCAUGGCGUCCGGCGUCUCCGGAGAUGCUGCUGCGGCAGCGUGCUGUGCUGCGGCAGCGUGCUACUACUGCGACAGCGCGGCAUCGGCGGUGGUGUACUGCCGUGCGGACGCGGCGGGGCUGUGCCUCCCCUGCGACCGCCUCGUCCAUGCUGCGAACACUGUCUCCUCCCGCCAUGCCCGCGUCCCGCUCUGCGCUGCCUGCCGUGCCGCCCCAGCUUCCGUCUGUCACCCUCUAGCCGCCCCGGCCUCCGCGGCGCGCUUCCUCUGCUCUGGUUGCUGCUCCAAUAACUUCGACGAUGACGGUGGCGCGGCGGUGGAAGGGUACACCGGUUGCCCCUCGGCGGGUGAACUCGCCACAAUCCUCGGCGUCGUCGCCCACGACGCCCGUGGACACGGCAACGAAGCGGCUGCGGUCAACGGAGACGAGGAGGGGUGGUGGUUGCGGGUCUGGGAGAAGGAGUCAACGGUGAUCAGCAUGGACGAUGUCAUCGUGCCCACCACCUCCUGCCCCAAGGGGCGGGGCCAGAGUUCGCCGUGCGAGGAUCUGGACGGCGAGGUUCUCCGACAGCUGAGGGAGCUCGCCAGGUCGGAGGCGGCGGCUGCGUAUGUCGAGGUAGAGGUGGCCGGCGCUGAUCAGCUGCCUCCAUGGGGACCUUCAGGUUAUUAUGCUGCUGAUCAUGGUGAUCUUGGGGCUCUCACCUUCGAGGCGGCAAGCAUGGCUGUACCAUCUUGUGAUCAGCUCCAUCAAGCAUGGAUUGCAGCCGAUCUCCCCGACGACGUCGUCGAGGCCGUCUCCGCCGCCGGAGGUCGGGAGCAAUCCCCGGCGGCGGCAGACCCGAUCCUGUCGCCGCUGGUACUGGAGAUAGCAGCAGGCGUCUGUCCCAGCAUGAGCUGCAGUGGCCACGCUCACCCAUCAGCCGUGUCCGCGCCGGCGCGAGCGGUUGCUAAGCCCAAGGACGACGACGGCGGCCACCGUGAUGAUCAUCGCACGUUGUCAGCCGGGGCGCCGGCAGAAGAAGCUCGGCCGCCCGGCAGGAGCGUCGCCUUCGGGGGUUACGACAUCGCCUACCCGGACCGCGGCACGGUGAUCUCGCGCUACAAGGAGAAGCGGAAGAACAGGAGGUUCGGGAAGCAGAUCCGGUACGAGUCGCGCAAGGCCCGCGCCGACGGCAGGCUCAGGAUCAAGGGCCGCUUCGCCAAGUCAGGAUCCACCUAGCAGGCUAGCAGCACUAUUAGCUCUCUUCGUAUUGGUCCUUCUCCUUCCGGAACGCUGCGCUUGUGUUUGGGGUCUGCUUGUACACUACGCAGGGUGGUUUGGGGUUAAAAUGUUUCUGAGUGGCUUCUCUUGAAUAAACAUCAUGCAAUGCUGGUAUCGUCGACAACGCGGCACGAGCCAGGCAUAUUUCGUUGUGUCGCUAAAAAGUACAGUAACAAGUACGUGGGCGCCAUUGGUUGCUAACAAGUACUUGACAGUGUGUGAGAUUUAUCUCGGUUCUCGUGUUAUUGGAAGAGGAAAACAGGUAAGCAAUA